GUCAGCUCUGAAGAUCAUACUCACUUACUAACGAUCAAGUCAUGGGCGAGAGAAGAAAAAAGAGGAAAGCACCGAAGAAGCCAGGCGUAGAGAGGGAGAAGAUGAAGCCAGGCGAUACAGUGCAAAGCGAGCAGUUUACAUGGCGAGUGAUCAAACUACUCGGCUCUGGAGGAUUUGGUGAUGUAUACAAGGUAGUAAAGGUGAACCAUCCGGAUAAAACAGAAGCUGCUAUGAAGACAGAAAUGGUACUCGGUAAUCGACUACUGUUGCGGUUGAAAAUCGAGGUGAUGGUGCUGAUGAAGUGCCACGAGCAGACUGAUGAGAAUAGAAAAGCUCAUUUUGUACCUUUUGUGGACAGAGGAAAAACGCAAAAAUUCAAGUUCCUUGUAAUGGGUCUCGUUGGACCAUCAUUGGAGGACAUACGAAAAGAUGACUUAUCGAGAAAUUAUUCGAAGUCGACUGCUAUGCAAUGUUGUAUACAAACAAUGACGGCUAUUCGAGAUCUUCAUGGGAUCGGCUACCUGCAUAGGGAUAUAAAGCCUCAGAACUAUGCAAUUGGUCUAGCGCCAAAAGAGGACAUCAUAUACAUGCUAGACUUUGGAAUAGCAAGAAAAUUUACUGAGGGAGAAACAAAUAAAGUGAAAAUACCGCGUGUUAAAGUGCACUUCUUGGGUACCGUGAGAUUUGCAGCCAGAGCCUGUCAUAAACAAUUAGAACAAGGAAGAAAAGAUGAUCUGGAGUGCUGGCUAUAUAUGUGUUUUGAUCUAUUCGACGAUGAUAAAGGCUUACCUUGGAAGCGCUGUGAAAAGCAUGAAGUGCUAGAUAUGAAGUACAAGUUCUUUAACCUGGAAUUUAAACAAUGCUAUCGGAUAGUUCCAGAAGACUUCAAAAGGAUAGUGAAAUACAUUGAUGGCUUGAAAUAUGCCGAUGAGCCAGACUACGUCUAUUUGCGAAAUUCACUUGCUGCAAUUUCGAAAGAAGAAAGGGUGGAUUUUUCCAAACCACUUGAUUGGGCAGGCAUCACUGAAAGAAGGAAAACAAAGAAGGCUAAAGAGCAGAGUGAAACUUCUGAAGAUCUUCGGCAGGAAGAGACCGGUUCCGGUGAGCAUGAGGUUGAAGGUUCCAGAUUCAGAAGCUCACAAUUACCAAGAAACCACUUUUUUUCCGUAAAUUCAUUGACCACUCAAUCGUCAGGUGUAGUGCUGAAAUGACAUCAGAG